ACUUCUGUGCUGAAGGCGGAGAGAGACUCCGAUGUUUUUCUUUAGGCGAAUGCACUAAAGAGAGAACGUUUGUUUUCUUCUUCACAGAGCAAGUCACGGAUCGUUAUUAGCCAAGAGUCCUCACGGUGGGGGAAAGUUUGCACCUCUUUUGCGGAGGAUGUCUGCUGCUAAGUCGCUACCCCACGGGCUGCUAAUAGGAUUAGUCUUUGUGUUGCUCAUUGUUCAGGGAACUGUGAAUGGGGAGUCUUCGGAAAAGGACUUUGAGUUUGAUGAUGUACAAGUUGUAGUCCAGAAGAGAUCUGUAGAAAAUACAUUGAAAGAUGAUGAGGAUUUUUUACAAGAUGAAGGUUCAGGUGACGUGGAGGGCAGUGGAACUGGAACCCUUGUGCCUCCAACAGUACCAGAAUUCUUCCGAGCUGUGAUAAACAUUACCAGCGAGUUUUACACAGAUGACCUUGGGGACCGUACAUCAGUGGCUUACAGGGAUUUGUCCGGUAAAGUUACCUCGGCCAUAGAACUUCUGUACGAGAAUGUUCCAGGACAGCAGACUAUUGUGGUGCUCGAAUUCAGCCCAGGAUCAUUAAUGGUGACAUUUGAUUUGGGAUCACAAGGAUUUAAUGAUCGUUCUGUGUUAUUUGAUACACUUAACAAUGCCCUACAGAGUGGAGUUAUUUCCCCUUUCAGUGUUAGUCCAGUUGGAUUUGAGUUCAGGCCCUUGCAAGGUAAGGUAUACAUGUGUUUCAGUCUCACUAAAAUGGCAGUGUUUGUCCAUCUUAUGUUGGAAGAGACCCAGAGCCGCUACCCAGAACUGGGGACAAUAGGGCCAAUUUUCUCAUCAACAAUAUCUUUCCCUGUCGUGGCUAUGUCAUUGGCUGGCAGUAUUAUAGAAUCAUUCCACGUUACUCAGGCUAUGUGGGAAUUUGGAGACAAACGGAUGACUAUAAAUUUACCCUCAUUGGAAAAACAGAGUUGCCGGUAA